UCAAACUCAAACGCACACACACACACACACACACACAACCUUGGCCAUAGAGGAGAUACUAUACAGAUAAAAGGCUGAGUUUGGUAUCUGGCAUGCUUCUGAAUCCUCUGCACGGUUGCUGACCACAGACUGUGGAGGAGUGAGGACACACACACUCACAGGGUCACAGAGAGUAUAAGAUAGAGGGAUGAAACAGUAGAGAGGGAAGAGUUGUGGAAAAAGAUAGUGAGGAAGACAAAGGAAGCACACGAUUAGAAAAGAAAUGCAGGUGUAAGAUAUGUGACACACUUCACUCUGGCCUUGGCGUCAACAUUUAAACACGCAGCUUCUGCGAGUAAAGACUAGGGUUUUUUCUAUUUUCUCCCUCAUUGUGGUUUAUUUACUUAUUUGAUCCAAUGCGACUGUGUGGAUUUGUGCAUGUCUGGCUGCUGGGGUCAGUCCUGCUGCUGCUGCCCCUGCGGGGGGUCACGCAGGUGAAGGACGGGCACCCAGGGUAUCACUCAAACUCGACAGAAAGCCAACAUGGUCAUGGCUCCAGCAUCACUGAAGUCCCCAUCGUCACCUUUAAGUGGCACCACGUGGAAAAGCCCUAUCUUAUCGCUCUGUGGAUACUGGUGGCUUUUUUGGGGAAGAUGGUCAUUGAGGCCAACCACCAUGUGACCAGCAUAAUCCCGGAGAGUGCCCUGCUCAUCUGCUUCGGAUUUAUCCUGGGUGGGAUGAUCUGGGGCGCGGACAAGAAACAGACUUUCACACUGACACCGGAAGUGUUCUUCUUCUACCUGUUGCCUCAAGUCAUCCUGGACGCGGGCUACACAAUGCCAAACAAGCUCUUCUUCAGCAACCUGGGGGCCAUCAUGAUCUACGCCAUCAUCGGGACCUGCUGGAACGCCGCCAGUGUGGGGCUGUCGCUGUGGGGGUGUCACAUGGGAGGAGCCAUGGGUAACAUAGAGGUCGGCCUGCUGCAGUAUCUUCUCUUCGGCAGUCUCAUCGCCGCGGUGGACCCUGUAGCCGUCAUUGCCGUGUUCGAGCAGGUCCAUGUCAACGAGGUCCUCUUCAUUAUGGUGUUUGGAGAGUCGUUGCUCAACGAUGGCGUGACAGUGGUGCUCUUCAAUGUAUUUGAUGCGUUCGUAUCAUUGGGAGGACCCGCAAUUAAUGCUGCAGAGAUAGUUAAAGGAAUAGUGUCUUUCUUUGUCGUGGCUUUCGGUGGUUCCCUCAUGGGUUUUGUUUUUGGCCUGCUGAUCUCUAUUCUGACCAGAUGCACCAAAAACAUCAAGAUCAUCGAGCCGGGCUUCGUCUUUGUCCUGGGAUAUCUCAGCUACCUGACCGCUGAGAUGCUCUCGCUGUCUGCCAUCCUCUCCAUCGUCUUCUGUGGUAUCUGCUGCCAGAAGUACAUCAAUUCAAACAUGGAUGAGAACUCCGUCAACACGGUCAGAUACUGCAUGAAGGUUCUGGCCAACGGAUCUGAGACGAUGAUCUUUGUCUUCCUCGGCAUCUCGGCCAUCGACAAAGAAAUCUGGGUUUGGAACACGGGCUUCAUCCUCCUCACGCUCCUCUUCAUCAUCGUCUACAGGAUAAUUGGUGUGUUUUUCCUCACCUGGAUCCUGAACAAGUUCAGGCUAGUCCCCAUAGAGUUCAUCGAUCAGGUGAUCAUGAGCUACGGUGGCCUGCGAGGGGCUGUAGCAUACGGCCUGGCUGUGAUGCUGGAUGGGAGCAAGAUAAAGGAGAAGAAUCUGAUGAUCAGCACCACACUCAUCGUGGUGUACUUCACUGUCAUUUUUCAGGGAAUAACCAUGAAACCACUGGUCAUGUGGCUCAAAGUCAAGAGAGCACAAGCUACAGAGAUCACACUUAUAGAGAAAGUGCAGAAUAAGGUGUUUGAUCACAUGCUUAUUGCCAUAGAGGACAUAUCUGGACAAAUUGGACACAACUACAUGAGGGAUAAGUGGAAGCACUUUGAGGAGAAGUGGAUGUCGUGGGUCUUGAUGAAGCCAUCGGCGAGGAAGAGCCGCGACCACGUCUUCAGUGUCUUCCAUCAGCUGAACCUCAAGGAUGCUCUCAGCUACGUGGCAGAGGGUGAACGCAGAGGCUCCCUGGAGUUCAUCCGCAAUGAAAGUGCAAUCGUCAACUUCAAGAAGAAGUUUGAAGAAGACUACGAUGUGGUGAUGCCCGACAUCAUGGCCGACAUGUCGGACGACCGCGGUGACAUGUCGGAUAUAAGAAACCCGGUGCCGUCAGUGAGCCUGGAAAUGCACGAGCAGACAAUGAAGGGUGUGAGAGAAACUGAGGACGUCAACAGUCACCACCUGCUGCAUCAGCACCUGUACAAGAGCAGGAAACAGCACCGGCACAGGUACAGUCGCAGCCAUUUCAAUAUCAACGAAGAUGAGAACGAGGUGCAGGAGAUUUUCCAGAGGACCAUGAGGAGCCGCCUGGAGUCCUUCAAGUCCGCAAAGAUGGGCGUUGCUCCGCCAAAGACGAUUUCCAAGCACCCGAAGAAAGAUCAGCAGCAAAAGAUGGCAAACGGAAAACCAAUGGACAAAACUAAAAGCUCCCACUCCGGAGAUGAAGAUUUUGAGUUUUCAGAAGCAGACAGCGCGUCUGGUUUUGAAGCAUCAGGACAAUCAUUCCCCAUGAGAGUCACCUACAGACCAGGAGCUGGAAUUGAGAACCCGGCCUUCAUGCCGGACAUGGACCCCAUGGCUCCACUGCAGAUCCCGCCGUGGCUGGCGGAGGCCGAGCUGGACAGCAGCACGGUCGCGCCGUCACAGCGAGCCCAGGUCAGGCUGCCGUGGACGCCCAACAACCUGCGCCGCCUCGCUCCACUCCGCAUUAGCACCCGCUCCACUGACUCCUUCAUGAUGGCUGACACUCCGGCCAUCCUGCAGGUGCAGCAGCAGCAGCAGCGGCGGCGGAGGGAGAGGGACGAGGACUUUGACCUGCCUCCUCCCCCUCCUCCUCCUCCAACUGACAUGUAGCAGCGCCCUGACCUCAGACUUUGCACCUUCUACUCUCAAAAAGAUUGACUAGGGAAUGUUUUCUUUUCUUAGCCACUGUGUGAUUUUAGUUUUCAGUCCCACAAACACUGUGCUCUUCACUUGUUGUCACCCUUCACUGAGCCAAAUGAAGGUGUGUGUGUGUGUGUGUGUGUUUGUGUUUUGAUUCAAACCUCUCAUUUUAGCUGGUCUUCACAACUUUAAAUGGCUUUUUUUAAGGAUUACGCCUUGCUUUUAUGGUUAGAAAUGGAUUAAAGCCAUAGUUCUCAAGCUGUGGUAUGUCUAUCACUAGUGGUACGUGAGCUUCCCCUGGUGGUACUUGGAGGAAAAUGAAACAAAAUGUUCUACUGUAUAUACCAGGGUAUGUGCUUGGAGUGGAGCUGAGGAAUUUUUCCCAGUGCUUAGAUAAAUAAUAAUAAUUAGUCACCUUAUCUCUCGCUCCAUCGUAAUCUAAUUUCACUAUACCAGUGUGUGAUGUAUAUGUGAGGAAGAUGAGGAUGAUGAGAGAAUAAAUCUCCCUCCUGCGAAAGUCCGUAGCUGACUUUGCUCGGUCUAUUUACACCACUGUAUUUUAACGUUGGUGAUAGUGGUUUUAAUGAGAGAGAUCAAUAUUUUCUCAGGUUGUACUUGGUAUAAAAUGUUUGAGAACCACUGGGUUAAGGUUAAAUGUUAGGCAUUAAGUAGUAAUAGUUAAGGUAAGGGUCAGGGCCUGAGUGUCCUCACAAAGAAUGCUGCAUAAAUGUGUGUGUGUGUGUACUUGUUUUUGUUUAGGAACUCUUUAGGAACUUAUCAGGACCAGUAGUCCUCAUGGAGACCAAAACCUGGUUCUGCACAAACAUCUCUGUGUGUUAUCCAUCAGCACUUGGUGAACAUUGUCACAGUUUCUCCUCUGGUUCAUAGUAAACCACUUCUGACUUUGUUAAUCACUGUUUUAAGACUUUAAUCCUUGAAUGUAAUGCACAAACAUGCUCUUUUUUUCAUGUAGAUAUUUUUAGAUUGUGUUGUUUAAAUUGAUAAUUUGAUCACAGUGAUAUGAAAUCACGUCCAACUUCAUUCUUUCUCUGUGUAACUUUUCCCAUUCAUGUGUAUGUGCUUUCGCAAUACAGAUAAUCUUGAAUUAACUAUCCAUACAUUCAGGGCAUCUGAAAAUAAGUCAGAAUUAAACUGUUGAUAUCUCAAAGUGAAAUUAUGGACAGUCAGAAUUUCCAAAUCCUUUACACCAGUGGGCACAAACCUGUGGCCCGUGGGCCACAUGUGGCCCCUCAAUCGAUUUCAGGUGGCCUGCCUGUGUUUGUUUUCGAUAUUUAAAGAUCCACUUUGCAUCUUAAAUAUGUUGUUUUUAUUGUAAACUAUAUAUUGUUCCAUGUCAAAACAAACACUUUCAUUUUGAAAUCAUGGGAAAUAUAAUCACCAAUGUCUUUACUGCUACAUCAGGAUGGAAUUUCAUGUAAUAAUUAAUUAAGUUAAUUUCACCCCCAUGCUUGUUUUACACACAAUAGGAUAAAUGAUUCUGUAAUUUGUCCCAGGAAGAAAAAAGCUGUGAAGAUAUUUUCAAUUUUCCCUGGGAAGAAUUGAAUUAUAGGUAUCUUCAACACGUUUUUAGACGAUUAAAUGGGGUUGUUUUUGUUUGUAUUCUUGUUCACGUGUCUCAUGAAAAAAUACUUUGAGGUACCUAGAAGGACACAGAUGUGUAAAAAUGUGAAAAGACACAGAUAUAUUUAUUCACAAAUGAAGUUUGCCAUGUAUGGACCACCAUGAUCUCACAUCUGUGUCUUCAGAGAAGAACACUGAAAAUAUGGAUAUAGAAAAAUAAGAAAAUGUGAAUCUGCGCCGUCAAUUUUAUGUAUUUUAUUUUAAAUAUUCACUGCUGUCAACCCAAUAAAAUGUUCCUGAAUAA